UGUUCGGAGAGGGCAGGGCCUGAGCUUGCCAGGCCGUGGGUAUCUUGCGCAAGGGGUUUGCAGAAAGCCUUGCGAGCUAAACAGGGCCACCCUGCCGAAGCGAGGAUGGCGGUCUCUGCGCUCCAGCUGUGGCGUGCCGGCGGGCUGCUGAGAAGAAACUUCCCAACUUGCUUGUCUUCUUGGAAGAUUCCUCCUCAUGUCCUCAAAUCCUCACAACCGGAAGCUUUACUCAGUGUGACAAAUAAUGCACUAGCCUUUGCACCUCUACAGACAUUUACUGACGAGGAAGUUAUGAUGAAGAAGGCGGUCAAAAAAUUUGCACAGGAACACAUUGCUCCUCUGGUUUCCCCUAUGGACGAAAAUUCAAAAAUGGAGAAAUCAGUGAUCCAAGGAUUGUUUCAACAAGGGCUGAUGGGCAUUGAAGUUGAAGCAAAAUAUGGAGGAACAGAAGCGUCCUUUUUCUGCUCUGUCCUAGUGAUAGAGGAACUAGCUAAGGUGGAUGCCUCUGUGGCGCUCCUGUGUGACAUCCAGAACACAAUAAUUAACAACCUGUUUAGAAAACACGCGUCAGAAGAACAGAAGGCCACCUAUUUGCCAAAGCUGGUUACAGAAAAAUUAGGGAGCUUUUGCCUCUCUGAGGCUGGCGCCGGUAGCGACUCCUUCGCUAUGAAAACAAGAGCUGAUAAAAGUGGAAAUUACUAUGUCAUCAAUGGGUCGAAGAUGUGGAUCAGCAAUGCCGAGCAUGCAGAGCUCUUUCUGGUCUUUGCCAAUGUGGACCCCAGCUCUGGCUACAGAGGCAUCACCUGCUUCUUAGUAGACCGAGAUACAGAAGGUUUUCAGAUAGGGAAACGAGAAAAUAAAAUGGGCAUCAGAGCUUCAUCCACCUGUCAGUUAACAUUUGACAAUGUCAAGGUUCCAGAAAGUAAUAUUUUGGGAAAAAUUGGGCAUGGUUAUAAGUAUGCCAUAGGAAGUCUUAAUGAAGGUAGAAUCGGGAUUGCUGCACAGAUGCUAGGACUGGCCCAAGGAUGUUUUGACUACACUAUUCCAUAUGUUAAAGAAAGGAUGCAGUUUGGCAAACGAAUAUUUGAUUUUCAGGGUCUCCAACACCAAGUGGCUCAGGUGGCCACCCAGUUGGAAGCCACACGGUUGCUAACAUACAACGCUGCUAGGCUCGUAGAAGCCGGAAGGCCAUUUAUAAAAGAAGCAUCUAUGGCCAAAUAUUAUGCAUCCGAGGUCGCUGGGCUAACAACAAGCAAGUGCAUCGAGUGGAUGGGAGGGGUUGGCUACACCAAAGAUUACCCUGUGGAGAAAUUCUUCCGUGAUGCUAAGAUUGGUACAAUAUAUGAAGGAGCUUCCAACAUCCAGCUGAACACCAUUGCAAAGCACAUAGAUGCAGAGUACUGAUGGCUGUGGGAUGGGCCCCCUCUGGUGUCACUGACAAACCAUUUCUAGCUGCUGUGCCUUAUUAAGCAGUGUCUAGAGCAGUGCAGUGUUUCCUUUGAAUCCCCUUGUCCUGGUCUCAGGCCUGGAUUUUGUUCCUGUCUCUUUCCAAUAUAAUCUAAAACUAUUUCUAAGCUUCUGAACACAUAUUUCUCAUCCUAAUUUCAGAAUAUACAAAAGUUUCACUAUACCAGCAUUUGGAAAGAAGAAACCAUUUGAGGUAUUGGUAUUGCUGACAGAAAUAGUCACUUUAUAUUCCUACUAAAUCUUUGUACUGUGGUAUGAGCCAUAGGAACGUUUGUUACACUUGGCAAUUUUUAUUCAAUACUUUAUAGAUUCAGUGGUAAGUUGCUAAACAAGGUAGAAACUGAUAAAAUUUAUUUGAAAAAAAUCUAGAACUCUUAGUUCUAAAUAUCAAAGAAAUCGUAGAAAAUAAAAAAUGUAGCUUAUAGGCCAUAUAAUUGACAAUAACAAAAAGUCCCAAAUAUUAUUUUAACCAACAAAAGCAGUAUGUUUGGCUGCUAUAAUUGAACUAUAUGAAAGAUGUAUUAUGUGGUGGCUUUUAGCAGCUCAUUUAAAAAACAUGUCCCUGUAUUAGUUUUCAACUAUAAAGUUUAAGUAAUUUGGCCUAAUCAUCUGAAAAUAAUUUAUUAGAUCAUGCACUGUUUUUCAGUAGUAUGAUUUAUUUCUGUAUUUUAAUUGAGUAUUUUCCCUCAAACUUGGUUAUUGGACUUUAUCCUAAAUAGUAAUUAAUUGAGAAAUUCAAUUUUGGUUUUCAAAAUUGAUUCUUAAGAGAAAUAUACCCCCAUAAGAAAAUAAUAUCACAAUCUCAUAAGGAUGUGGAAUGGAGACUUGGUAGUCUGAAAAGGCACAUUCAGUAUAAAUAUAUGUAGUCAUUUAUAUAGUAUAUUAAAUAAUUUUAUAUUUGUGAAGACAAAGAUCUAUGUUUUACAAUGUAAAUGAAAAACAGGCAAUGCCUAAUCAGAUAUCCAGCUGGUGAAGCCAUUGAUCAGUGUUAGGGAUUUACAGUCGAGAGAAGACCCUCUAGUUGCAGACCCUGAGUCCUCUGGAGAGAGAAGUAAACAGUAGAUAAAUGAGUUUCACAUUUCCAGAGGAAACAUCACAAGUUAGAUGUGAAAAAUGCACCAAGGCUCAUGCAGUUACUGGAAACAAUCAUUACUUCUAGAUAGAAAGUAUUUUGGUGCUUUUGCAAAAGGAUAAUGUUUAUUAAGAAAACUUGACAUUUUCUAGGUAAUUUUGCUUUGCACAGUUAUGUUUAUUGAGCUAAAUUAAUUUCCACAAUGCAAAUCAUAGUUAAAUAUGCAAGGUUGUAUAAAUACAGUUGAGAUAGGAAUUACAUUAAAACAGUAGGGAGAAAUAAAAUACAUUUAGACCUUGAAUCCAAAGAGAUAAGGUCUACUUGACUUUCAAAUGGGGGAAAUGUGAAAGCCCCUCACCCCGUCUUUCAGAACAGAUAGAUGAGUGUGAUAAGAAAGGAAGGGGUGGAUGCAGUCCCCUGAUGGGGCAGACAUCUUCCACUCCUGUGAUUAUGUGAAAGAGGUGGGCUUACAGAUGAUGCAGUGGGAGUCAGUAUGAGUAAAUAGCCUGCCCUCCUUUCCUAGAGUUAGAAACCCAGGAAAGGAUGAUAAUUGCCGUGGUCUAACUCAGCAUCAGCACAGACUGUCCAUUACCUACUUGGACUUUAAAUGUGUCCACACUCUCUAACUCUCUGUGUGUAUUUUGCACAUAUUCACAAAGGAUAGUUAACAAGCCUUAGUUACUAGUGUAACUAACAUAUGAACUCGCCUUUUUCUGUCAGUAAGUCCAUGUAUUGUUUUACCAAAGAGGGGUCUACUCAUUUUUCUUCUGAUUCCCACGACUUUGUAAUCUGUCAUGAAACUAUGUGAUGAUAAGGGGUGCAGGAGAUAAAGAACUGACCUGGUGUAUGCAGGUGAAAUUGGUUGCCAAGUUUGUAAUGUUAGAAAGACUAGACAACUGUAAAGGCAGUUCUGUCAAUUUAAAACAAAAGACUCUUAGCCAAAGCUGCUUUCUCAAAUCAUCCCUCCAAGGACAAAGACAAGAAUUUGGAUGGACUGGCUCAAAUUCAGUGUUCUUCCUAUUAUCAAACACAGUUGUUAUUCAACCAAUCUUGGAUUCUGUCCUUGUUUUACUUUAUUGUUGAUUUAUUUCAAGUUUAACUGAUAAAUAAUGAACAUCAUAGUAAUCUUGUAAUUGAUCAGUCACUUGCUAAAUGCUCUUAGGUUAUAGCCCAGAUAUCAGGUCUGAAAAUGGCUCUGUGAGAUCGUUUUGCAUCACUGUCUCACUGUUUUUAAAGAAAUACUUUACAGGAUAUUUAUGCUGAUCUGUCAUAAAGUAAAAAGUUCCCUUUUAACGGUAUGUAUGAGAUUUUGUUCAUUGUUUCAAAAUCAGUNUUCUAUGGGAAAAGAAAAGAUAAAGCACUAAAUUAACUGGAGAUUCUUGCUGCUAGAAUAAAGCACGGUUGCCACACAUAGAGGAAGAGCGAAUGUAGCCUUCUUGAAAGGCGGGAAGGUGGACAACACCUUUGUGCACCUUGCCAAUAGCUCUUUCCUCAGGUAAGCCAGGUUCGUUCAUUUUCAGAGAAUAGGCCUUGUAAUAAAGUUUAAAUUCAUGAUGCUAAAAAUUCACCCUCCCCCACCCCCAGAGGACUCCAUUUGUUCAUGGCAGUGUUGGCAACUCUCAAAUAGCAAGCCACUGCUUUUGAGCAUGUCCUCCCAGCAGAUGCUAUCCCACAGAUGUGUGUGCUUGUGUGUUAAAGAAUUACUUUUUUGUAAAUUUUUAAUAUCCCACUUCUUAAUUCAGCAAUACACCAUGGUACAGAGCCAUAGAAAAUUCCAGCGUGUAUAUCUCCUAUUCCUAUAUCAGUUUAAAUAUCUAGACAUCGGUAAAAAUGUUUUCACUCAAGUGUCUUUUUGGGAUUGUUCCAUCUGAGACAUUGUGGUUUCUGAGCUACCAGUAGAAAAGGAAGUAUCCUCCCUUAUUUAGAGUAUAUCCCUUAUUUAGGGUGUGUCCAUCCUUAUUUAGGGUGUAUCUGCCCUUACUUAGGGUAUGCCCAUGUCAGUGUCCCAUUCCUGUUUUCAUUAGUACAGAUUCACAAAAAUGUUAAGCAGAAAAGUGCCAGUGUAAGUCCUGUACGGGAGGAGUGCUUUAGAUCUAUUAAAACUAUAGCAAGCACUUAACACCUUUACUGCAUCCCAA